UGUUUAAACUGCCCCUUCUCCGAGCUGAGCUCUGAGCUCUCAGCUCCAUCCCCCCUCCUCCGAAAAAAAAAAAUGUCCAAUCUCAUCUUAAUAAAAGCCCUAACCUCCUCAUUCUCCAUCAUCAUCUUCUUCUUCAAUCUCCCAACCCUCUCCUCAUCACAGUCGAUCCUUCUCCCUGGAGAAGUCCGGUCGCCGGCGAGCUGCGUGCCGCCGGAUCCGGCACUCAAUUACCGGCCGGUGAUCGGGAUCCUCACUCACCCCGGCGACGGCGCCAGCAAUCGAACGGGGGUCACCAACAUCCCCGCUUCCUACGUCAAGUUCGUCGAGUCUGCAGGAGCUCGGGUUAUUCCUCUCGUUCAUACCGAGCCUUGGGAGACGAUCUUGGAAAAACUGAAUUUGGUUAAUGGUGUACUGUUUACUGGUGGCUGGGCUAAAAAGGGCUUAUAUUUUGAGACAGCAAAUAAAAUUUUUCAGAAAACAUUGGAGAGAAAUGACGCAGGGGAACAUUUUCCUUUAUUUGGCAUUUGCUUAGGAUUUGAGAUUAUAAGUAUGAUGAUCACCAAGGAUCAUGAUAUAUGUGAGAGGUUUAGUGGAAAAAAUCAAGCGUCUAUGCUUCAGUUCACAGAUAUUGCAAAUAUUCAAGGAUCUGUUUUUGAAAGAUUUCCUCCGGAAUUGCUAAGAAAGAUGAGUACGGAAUGUCUUGCCCUGCAAAAUCAUAUGUUUGGUAUAUCUCCUGAACGGUUGCAAGAAAAUGAUGCCCUGUCGAGUUUCUUUAGGAUCCUGACAACAACUCCUGAUGAAGAGGGCAAGAUUUACAUUUCAACUGCACAAGGGAUUAAUUACCCUGUUACUGGCUUCCAGUGGCACCCUGAGAAAAAUGCAUUUGAAUGGGCAUCAUCAAGCAUUCCUCAUAGUGAAGAUGCAGUUCAAGUGACUCAACAAGCUGCCAACUAUCUCAUCAGGUGAGAAUGUAUCUUGGCUUUUCUUC